ACACAGCAAAAAACGCCUACCCUUCAGGCUUGAAUCGAUAAUUACACUGGUGCCAGUAAAAGAAUAAUAUGUGAAAUCUAUUGGUGCUGCCUUUUCACACGGGGUUUCAACCUGGGAUGCAUCUUGAGAGGACCGCAGCGGCUUUUGCAUAAUAUGAACCGUGUACUGUUCUUGAAUGCACCACAAGCCUGCGAACAUUUCACUGCGCAAACCAUAGAACAAACGGCAUUUGUUAUGACUCUGACAUGAUCAAAACUCGUUCUAAUUUGCUGUUCAUGCCAUUUGAUUUUUCCACGUUGGAUGUAACAAAACGUCAUACAUAAUUAUGAUAAACAGCUUGUCCUAAUUUAUCGCUUUUGAUACAAUGUAACUCUUCGUCCUGAGUGUUCGAAACAGCGCCUUGCUGGAGUGGACAGCUUCUUACUUCCUGAUCUUGCUCUGCGGAAUCCUUACAGCCUUUAAGAUGCUUGAGACUCCUCCUGGCUAUCCCUUCGAAGAGAUAGAAUAUGAGGACAUAGAAGUUGAAGAGACACCUUAAUGCAUAGUUUCAAGUUGUACGAUGUUGUUGGCAGAGGGACAUUUGGAGUUGUCUUCAAGGCUAAAUGGAAAGGCAAAGAUGUGGCCAUCAAGACCAUAGAGAGUGAAUCUGAGAGGAAAGCUUUUGUAGUAGAGCUCCGCCAGCUUUCCAGAGUAAAUCACCCAAAUAUUGUCAAGCUCUAUGGCUCAUGUGAUAAUCCAGUUUGUCUUGUUAUGGAAUAUGCUGAGGGUGGCUCCUUAUACAAUGUGCUGCAUGGAGCUGAGCCCCUGCCCCAGUACAGUGCAUCCCACGCUAUGAGCUGGUGUCUGCAGUGUGCUCAGGGUGUAUCCUAUCUCCACGCCAUGAAACCCAAGGCCCUCAUUCACAGAGACCUCAAACCACCCAAUCUGCUACUUGUACAGGGUGGCACAGUGUUGAAGAUCUGCGACUUUGGGACAGCCUGUGACAUCCAGACACACAUGACCAACAACAAAGGAAGUGCAGCCUGGAUGGCACCAGAAGUGUUUGAAGGCAGUAACUACAGUGAGAAGUGUGAUGUGUUCAGCUGGGGCAUCAUCUUGUGGGAAGGGAUCACUCGUAGAAAGCCCUUUGACGAGAUUGGAGGAUCGGCCUUCUGCAUCAUGUGGGCCGUGCACAGAGGGACUCGCCCCCCCCUGAUAAAGGACCUCCCGGAGCCCAUCGAGAAUCUGAUGACACACUGCUGGGACAAAGACCCUUCCCAGAGGCCCUCCAUGGAGGAGGUCAGGAACACCAUGGCAAGCCUCAUGAAGUACUUCCCAGGAUCUGAUGAGCCUCUACAGUACCCUCACCAGUGUCCAGGCAACAGUAGGAGUGGCUCAUCCUCAGCCACAAGCACAGGUUCCUAUGCAGACAACACUAUCAACAGCUACCGAACUGAAAGCAACAUGGAACACAGAACAAACUGUCAAGGGAGAGAUGACACCCUGAAAAGCAUUGAAGCUAGAUUUCCACUUCAGUUUAAACAAUCAAAGGGGGGAACAUUACGCCCCAGCCUGCCCUCGUCCAGAAGGGCUAGCGUGGAGAGCCUGCCUGAUCGUGAGCGUACCCAGAGUCCCGCCCCCACUGAGAUCAAAGGGCAAUGUGCUGGCCAAGCGGGGCCAGAGCUGAGGGUUUCUAUCAGUCCCACAGAUAUGAAUGGUUUGGACAGCUCCAUCCCCAUGGCAUAUCUGACACUGGAUCACCAGCUGCAGCCCCUGGCCCCAUUCUCUAACUCCAAAGAGUCCAUGGCUGUGUUUGAGCAGCACUGCAGAAUGGCCCAGGAGUACCUUAAAGUGCAGACUGAAAUCACCCUUCUCACCCAAAGAAAGAAGGAGCUGAUCUCUGAGCUGCACCAGGAUGAGAGGCAGCAGCAGAACACGUCCCGUCUGAUUCAGGAACACAACAAACUGUUGGACGAGAACAAGAGUCUCUCCACCUACUUCCACGUUUGUAAGAACAAGCUGGAGCGGAUCCAGAGUCAGCAACAGACGAGUUAGAAUGCCUCCUGAUGUGUGCCUGUUGCACUAGAAUUGUCCUCAGAUCAGCAGCAGCCGAAGACACUGUCUGUCAAGUGGCCAUUUUGUGAUGUCUCUUCUGUUGACCCUCAGCUGUAUUGGGAUCAGCUGCAGCCAAAUAUACCUACCAUAUUUGUAAUGAAUCCUUCAUAUUGCUCAUCAACUGUUUUUGGAUGAGCAGCUAAAGAGACUGGCCAUUUGUUAACACUUCCCUGUUGCUCUUAAACUGUUCUUGGAUCAUUGGCCAAAGAGGAAAGCCAUACUAUUAUGAAUGUUUUGUAGAUCCUCAACUGAUCCACAGUCAGCAGCAGACUGCACACAGCAGGUCUCCCCUCAGGUCCUUGCUCCCCAAUGCGCUGUACAGUUAAGAUACUCUGCCGCAUUCAGUACAACAAUAAUAUUGUGCAAGAUGUCUCAUUAACAGCUCAGUUCAUUUGCACGCAUGUCUCGCAAAGACGUUAUUCUAUUCUGCCAGAGGAACCGUGGACUCGUUGAACAAGGGAAGCCUGGAGGCCCUGUAACAUCUUCUCCUAAUGCAGUUGCCUCUAGAGAUUGAUCUUUGGUCAGUUUUGUAUUCCCCUCCCCAAUGUUUAAAGUUAGGAUUUGAGGAGGACAAGCUGAUCCUAGAUCUGUGCCUAAGUUUAAUUUAUGCUCUUAGUGUGGCUUCCAGGAAGUAUCCGAGUGUUGUUGGUGUUGUUAAGGUGUAUGACUUGCAGUAACACCUCAGACGACUUGAGGUGUUUCCUGUCUUGCGGCAGAUGUCUGUCCCCUCCCCAGGGCUCUUGUAGAGGUGCUAGUAUUGAAAGAAGUGGCUCAGCUUGUUGUUCUUCUCUGGCUCUGACCUCUCUGUGACAGCUUGCUUUGUAUGGAGAUGACUAAGAUAUGCACAAAAGGCUGUCAUUUCAUAUAUAUUUGCGUCUUUUAAAAUUUCUAUGGCAUUCUUCUAUCUUUUCCCCUUUUCAUAUGCACUGGCUCAUUGAGAAGUAAGGACACUAUUUUAAAUGGAUCUUCAUUUUUAUGAUUUUUAUAUAGCCUAUAUAUAUAGCCUUUUUAUAUAGCCCAUGUUCGGUGAAUCAGCAAAGUUUUACAUUUGUUUUGAGAUCUUUCUUGGAGGUUUUAGAUAUUUCUUUUCUCAUUCUCUAAAUGUAGAAUGUCACCACCACUAAGUAUUCGGUUUUAUAUUUUGUUAAUUUAGUCAAUUAUUUGACUUUUGUAUCCACCCCUAUAGUGUUAAAUGUGUAUGUGCUGGUUGUGGACUAAGUGUUUGGUCUUGUUCUAGCACUUCCAGAAAUACACUUUUGUUCGCUUUAUUUGCCCUCUGUGUGCGCGUGCGUGUUCACAAGUUGCCUUAGGCUAUAUCUCACUUUCUGUACUGUAUUUUUUUAAAUAGCAUUUUGACUUGCAAAACCAGAUGUCGUCAAAUGCACUUUUGAAUGUACAGUGAGGCUCAAAACGUAUUGGGACAGUGACACAUGUGUUGUUGUUUUGGCUCUGUACUCCAGCACUUUGGAUUUGAGCUGACACAAUGACUAUGAGGUUGAAGUGCAGACUGUCAGCUUUAAUUUGAGGGUAUUUAUUUAUUUUCAUAUCAGGUGAACCGUUUAGAAAUUACAUCAAUUUUUACCCCCCACCCACCCAUUUUAGGGGACCAAAAGUAUUGGAACAAAUGCACUUGUAUGUGUAUUAAAGUAGUCAAAUGUUUAGUAUUUGGUCCCAUAUUCCUAGCACACAAUGAUUACAUCAAGCUUGUGACUCUACAAACUUGUUGAAAAUAAUUAGCUGUUUGUUUUGGUUGUGUUUCGGAUUGUUUUGUGCCCAAUAGAAAUGAAUGGUAAAUAAUGUGUUGUGUCAUUUUGGAGUCACUUGUUGGAUGUAUUUGAUCUUUGUUUUGGUUCUUUCAGGGUCUUUUGUGCCCAAUAGAACUGUAAAUGGGGGGACGAUGUACAAAAAGUGCUGUAAUUUCUAAACGGUUCACCGUAUAUGGAUGAAUUUACCCCCAAAUGAAAGAUGUCACUGUCCCAAUACAUUUGGAGCUCACUGUAUAUCUAAGGAUUUCGAAAGUACUCAAAUAAAAGGUAUUGCACACAAGAAAAGGCUAUUUUUACAUUAUUUGUAUAAAGGAGAUCGCUAAUAUAAUGUUUCCCUAGCAUAUCUUUUUUUUUUAAUUUGCACUUUGUGUGUCACUCAGUGUAUCAGAAAUGCCUGUAUACUUAAGUGCAUAAAACAGUUCCUAAUAUCUACGA